AUGCCAUUCUCCGCCAAUGCACUUAUUAACGCCUCGCAGCAUGACAAAGCCAUGCUCCUUGACAUCUAUGAGUUACUCAACAAUCUCUUUGUUCGCAACAGAAACCAGCAUCGCCGCAGCCACUGGUGGAAGAGCUUGCACGCCUUUCGAAAGCAACUCACGAUUCUCCUGUCAGAAAUGGAGACUGGCAAGAGAUCCGAGCGCUCAGCGAAGAUCGAAGCGAGGUUAAAGUAUUGGGACGAGAAGUGUGUGCAUGUCUGGUACUGCCAAUUUUCUCAGCUGAUUGCUGUUGGUUCGUUCGCUAUGCUGGGCCUGGUGAUGAUGGCUUCCGUGGCGCGUUUAUGCCGCAUUACAGGCAUCACAACUGCGUACGAGGAGAUUGCUUCGGCUGACAUUCGGGGUGUCUUGAGCGCGAACGACGAGUUGUCUCUAUCAAAUGAUUUUGGUGACGUAGCUGAUGAAAAGCCGGAGUGGGAUGAGGGCGUCGUAAUUGCACGUGAGGACUAA